UCGCGUAACGCCCGCGAGGCGCGCUGUCCUCGUUCCGAGCGCCGGCAUGGAGCUGCUGAGCCCACGUGUAUCUGCUCGUUCGGCCUAUAAUUCAUUCUUGCCUCUUGGCGAACCGGCACAGCCGAAACCACCUCCCAGCCCACCUCGUGGUCUUUCGCUUUCCCUGAGGCGCCGGAGAGUCAAAAAGCGGCAGCUGAAGGGGUCAGCAGCCAGGAAUUGCCCUGUUGCAUCCGAGGCGGCCGACGGGAAGCAGCCUAGAGACGCGUUCCCGCUUUCGGGUGCGAAGGAGAAACGAAGAGUGAAACCGAACAAUAGCUUGAGUUGCAAAUAUUUGGCUGCCUUGCAGAGCCGGCAGAAAGCAUGGCGGAGGAAGCCGGAGCGCGGACGGGCAGACCAGAAAGCUCCAGAACCAGCACCACCUCCUGCUCCGCCCCAUGGAGGAGGGGAACCCUUCUGCUCUCCGGAAUUUCCUUCGGGCUGUUCUCUCCGGUGCCUCCUCCAAGAGCUGGGAAGCGUCCAGCAUAGCCGGGAGCGAGCUGCCAAACUGUUCCAGUGGCUCAUAGCUCCUGUUCCCUCGCAGGAAUUCUUUGAUCAGUACUGGGAGAAGAGACCGCUUCUGAUCCACAGGCGCAGCCCAAGUUAUUAUCAGGACCUCUUCUCUACGGCUGAGUUUGAUAACAUCCUACGCAACCACAAUGUCCAGUUUGGUGUCAAUUUGGAUGUGACCAGUUAUGAAGAUGGGAAGAGGGAGACCCAUAAUCCUGUGGGCAGGGCAGUGCCAGCUGUGGUCUGGGAUUUCUACAAGAACGGCUGUUCCCUCAGGAUGCUGAACCCUCAGGCCUUUUCAGUUACCAUCUGGCAUUUCCUGUCCGUCCUACAGGAGCACUUCAGCAGUAUGGUUGGUGCCAACACUUAUCUGACUCCUGCUGGUACUCAAGGCUUUGCCCCUCAUUAUGAUGAUAUAGAAGCUUUUGUGAUUCAGCUGGAAGGAAAGAAGCAUUGGCGGGUUUACAGCCCCAGGAAGCAGGGUGAGAUGUUGCCUCAAUUUUCAAGUAGCAAUUUUAGCCAGAUGGAGAUUGGCGAACCAAUUCUGGAGACUGUCUUAGAAGCUGGGGACCUGCUGUACUUUCCCCGUGGGUUUAUACAUCAAGGGGAUUGCCUCCCAGAGGCACAUUCACUCCACAUAACGGUUUCCUCUUAUCAGCGAAACUCCUGGGGAGACCUGUUGGAAAAGCUUCUCCCUGUAGCAUUGCAGAUGGCCAUUGAAGAGGACAUUGAAUAUCGCCAAGGCCUCCCUGUAGACUACCUGGAAUACAUGGGUGUCAUAAACACUGAUGCUGUUGAUCCACGCCGAGCUGUUUUUUUGCAGAAGAUCAGGACUUUAGUCACUAAACUAAUGGACUAUGCACCAGUUGAUGCUGCAGUGGAUCAGAAAGCCAAGUCUUUUCUUCAUGACUGUCUUCCUCCAGUGCUGACUGAGACUGAAAAAGCAUUGAGUGUUUUCAGGCAUCCAGCACGGUGGGAGAAUGGAAGUGUGCAAAAUGUUGAUGUCCAGCUCAAGAAAACUACACAAGUACGGCUACUUCGAUAUGGAAUUGUCAGGUUGUGCAAUGAAGGAGAUGCUAUGUUGCUGUAUUAUACCACAGAAAACUCAAGAGUGUAUCACAAGGAGGAGCCUAAGUAUUGUGAAAUAGAGCCUGAAUACAUAGAUGGAAUUGAAUUUUUGCUAUCCUCUUACCCAAAAUACAUCAGUGUGGAUGCCCUUCCUUGUGGUUCUUUGAAUGAUAAGAUUGCCCUGGCGACUUUCUUAUUUGAGAAGGGGUUGGUGAUUACUAAAAACCCUCUUUUAUCUGUGUAACAUACAAAUAAAUGGAUUGUAAGAAGAUGCUUUUCUUGUACUUACUAGUAAAUUUAAGAUAGCAGUCCAAAGCUUUGAGAACUUCUGGCU